AUGUCCACUAAAUCAUCUCGAAAAGAUUUGGAUGAAAAGAAGAAACGAAUAUUGAAUUUAUUGAAUGAAGGAAAGUUAAUUACAACAGAACAAGCCCCAUCCUCGUCGAAUGGUGAAUUUUGGUCCAGUCUCUUAAGAAUACGACAAGCAAAUGAUACACAUGCAUUUAAACCUUUUGUUCAAUGUAAUAUAUGCAAACAAAUCUUAUCAUAUGAGCCGAAAAACGGCACACAUAGUCUUAGUCAACAUGUUCACAAUUGUUUAAAAAAACCAACAAGUUCAAAAACAACUAACUCUAUUCAAAAAUAUUUGAAAAAAGAUCCAAGUGUAUCUCUUGAAGAUAAACAAAAAAUAACAAUUGCUUGUGCUAAAUUUUGUGCAUUUGAUAUGCAAUCAUUUAAUAGUGUGAAAGGUGAUGGUUUUCAACAGCUAUGCCAAAGUUUAAUUGAACUUGGAUACAAAUUUGGUGAACUAAAAGCUGGUGUACCUUCUGCUACAUUUGUUUUACCUGAUCCUACAAAUGUCUCAAGAAGAAUCCAGUUUUUAGCAAAUGAAUAUCGUCUUAAAUUAAUUCAAAUAUUGAAAGAAGAUUUGAAAAACGUAAAACUUGUUGGUGUUUCAUCUGAUCUUUGGAAAAACUGUUAUACGUCUGAUAAUUUUUUGACCAUUAAUCUUCAUUAUACCAAAGAUAAAAGGCCAAUUACAUUUAUGUUAAGCACGUUGUUAUUUAUUGGUUCAAAAACUGGUGAUAAUAUUGUUCGAAUGAUGAAAAAUGUUCUUAUAUCUUAUGAAAUUGAUCCAGAAGAAAUGCAUAUUAUUUAUUUAACAGAUAGUGGUCCAAAUUUUGUUUGUGGCUUGAAAGAUGAAGUUCAUUUAAGAUGUGUAUGUCAUGGAAUAAAUCUUGUACUACAAUAUUCUCUCGGUGAAUUAUGUCCAGCUGUUAGUUCUAUGAUAAAGGCAUGUAGUGAACUGGUGGUGCAUUUCAAAAGAUGUGAAUUAAAUGCUUCACUCUCAACAUCACUUAAACAGCAAUGUGAAACACGUUGGAAUACUAUCCAUGAAAUGUUACAGUCAAUAGAGUUCAAUUUCAAACCAGUAAAAGAGAUAUUAUUUAGUCGAAAAGAACAUGAUUUUUAUAUGGAUAGAAUUGAUGAAGGUUUACUAACAGAUUUAACGAAAUUAUUAUCGUAUUUCAAAAUAGCUAGUGAACAAUUGUCGUCGGAUCAAGAACCAACAUUACAUCUGGUUCUGCCAUGGAUAAACAAGUUAAAAAGUUACUGUGAAAUAAAAAUUAAUGAUUCAGAAGUAAUGAAACAAGUGAAGAAAUUGAUAUUAGAACAUAUACAACAAAAGAUUUGGUUAACUCAAUUACACGAAAUUGCCACAUUUCUUCAUCCAUUGACGAAGAAUCUUUCGUUGACUUUUCCUAAAGAAGAAUCAGUAUUACAAUGGUGGGAUAAAUGGUCAUUGAAUUAUCCACAACUUAGUGUAUUAGCAAAAUGGUUGUUGGGAAUACCGGCUAGUUCGGCUACCAGUGAACGCAUUUUCAGCGCAAGUGGUAGAGUUUUGGAAGAAAGAAGGCAAAAUUUAGGCAGUGAUAUAGUUAACGAUAUUUUAUUUUUACGAAAUUUUCGAAAUAUGUGA